AUGACGAAAACACAGCCAAUCUACACGCAAUUGCCUCAUCAGCCAGCUGCUAAGCCACAAGAUGAAGGUGAUCAAAAGUCAUACAAUAUACGUAUCGACGCCGACAUCCUGAUACCAGGACGAGGCAAGCCUAUCAAGAACGGCAGUCUAGUCUACACAUCGUUCGACGCCGCAUCAACUUCCUCCGCCACCCGGGGGAAAAUCACCUACGCUGGUCCCACCUCCUCUCUUCCAACAGAUUAUGCAAUCUUGACCGCCUCAUCCAAAGUCCCCAUCCUCAUGCCGGGUCUCUGGGACUGCCACGUGCACUUCUUCGGCGAAGCACAGCCUAGCCUGGAACACAUCGCCCUUCUCCCGCCUUCACUAGCUGGAACGCGUUCGGCUAGAGACGUAGUCGCCACUCUCAACGCAGGGUUCACUUCCGUGAGGGAAGUAGGUGGAUACGGAAUCGACUUCAGUGCGGCGAUUGAUGAAGGCUGGAUUCCUGGACCUAAGAUUUACAGCGCUGGAGCGCCGUUGAGUCAGACUGCUGGGCAUGGAGAUUUACACACGUAGAAUUUGGACUUCUUGCAUGAUUAGAUUAGUAAGUGGAGGGCGCCUUGAAGGCGAAGAUGUAGCGAGCUGACACGCCCUGUGGCAGAUCAUGGAUUGUCGCUGGUAGUUGUGGAUGGUGUCGAUGAGGCGAUCAAAGCUGUUCGAAAGCAGAUUCGAAGGGGCGCGAAGUCGAUCAAGAUCUGUUCUACCGGCGGUGUGAUGAGUCGGAUCGACAGUCCAAGGGCGGCGCAAUUCACGUCACCGGAGCUGAAGGCAAUGGUAGAGGAAGCAACACGGACGAACAUGGUCGUUGCUUCGCACGCGCACGGCACUGAAGGAAUCGUGAGUUAUCUUGGUCGUUCGUUCGUGGCUUACCUGAGACUGACGAGCCCUGAAGCUGGCCGCCUUGCAUGCGGGCGUCAAGACGAUUGAGCACGGCAGCUUCCUGACCAAAGAGGCCAUAGAUCUCAUGCUGGAAAAGAAGGCGAUGCUGGUAGCAACGCGCUUCAUUCAACAGAAUGGCGUGGAUCAUCCAGAGAACAUGCCUCCAGACAGCUACAAGAAGCUCCUCGAAGUCGUGGACUCGAACAGGAAGUCGUAUGAGAUGGCGGUAAGUCGCUUUCUUCUCCCUCUCGUUUUGCCUCUCCUGACGAAAGUCCAGAUUAAAGCCGGCGUGAGAUGCGCACUCGGGACAGAUCUGGGUAUGAGUAACAUCCAGUCCAUGUUCAACCACGGGAUGAACGGGCGUGAGUUUGGAUACGCUGUGGAGGCUGGCAUGACUGUUCUCCAAGCCAUCGAAGCCGGGACGGCAAACGCCCCGGACACCUUGGGACCGCAGGCGCCGUUGUCUGGACAGUUGAAGGAAGGGUUCGAUGCUGAUUUCAUCGCCUUAUCCGAGAACCCGUUGGACGACAUCGCAGUCUUGGCCCAGCCGGAGAAGGUCACCCACGUCUGGAAGGGCGGUCAGCUUUUCAAAUCACCAGGCAAAGCAAUUGGCUUUGUUUAAAGUGUUGAUAUGAAUAAGUCAUGUAUCAGGGGAGCCAUAGUGGUGGGUGCAUGAAGUGUCCAGCGGAGCGGUCGUUAUUGCUUCAUGGAUUCUUUCUGCAAUGCAUGCUACUCCUGAGUCUUUGAGAUGAGAAGAACCUUUGCGCUGGGCCCAUUAGCCGUCAGUUGCCGGUUUGGGAUUGGCAUUCAUGUAAGGCGCAUGUGCAGGUGACAAGAGGAUACGAGGUUCCCCCUAGAGGAAGAAGUAUAGUCCGAUCAAGGUCCGAGCGUCACUGUCUUGGUGAUCACUAUCUUAUUAGUGGUCACGCUGGCGGUGUACGUGUGUACGUAAGGUACGACCUGAGUACGGAAAGGGAACGGGAGAGCUAGCCGGGAUGGAACUCCACGUUACCUCAAUAACAACACCAAACACAAAAAUGCGCCGUGACUGAAACUCUUCGUCUGUCACACCUCACCCUCCGAUGCGACAGCGCUUAAUAAUACGCCAAUCUCAUCCGCAGUACACCGAGAGAGUCGUGCCUGGACGCGUUUUCGAGGAGUCUAUCUCUACUUCGCCUUCGCUGCCCAUUCUGUCUGAAACUACGGACUUUUCUUCCUGCCCCAGCCUUGUCAUCGGACUUCAAUAGCUCAACUGAUGGAGCCGUUGAUGAAUUGCCGCGGAAUCGAUUCUGGUCACAGCAUGCGCCCAAGAGCGACCGACCCGCCGCGUGUUUUACGUGCGGUUGCACAGCACAGUGCAGUAUUUAUAUGGCCCGAGUAAUGGCCCAACAUGCACGACAUGAUGCACGACACGACAUGAUAAUGGCUCUUUUAUAGAGUAAGUAUAUUCAGGCGGUCGCGUCGAGCCUUCUCAAACCCACGGCGUUCCACCACCACAGCCUAAUGGUGAGCCUGGCCAAGUUGUCCAUCCAAGAUCUACUACCUUAUUGCCCUCGUUACCCACCAAAAGAGCGGUCCGCCCGAUGUCAGAGCUGUGCUCUCGCAUCUCCAUCAAUCCCUUCUGAGGCUCAUCUGUGCGGUGCUCUCUCCGGUGGAAAGCGACGUCCUCGCGACGCCAGCCAGCUCAGACGAAGGCGAAUGACUUGUCCUAUAUCCUGCUGCUACCAUCACCAACUGUUUUACAUGGUUGUUCCCUACAACUAGUCAGUAAAAUAAUCAUUUCCCGGCCACGGCCUUGCCCCCUCCGCGCUUGAUGAUGCGUCAAUGCCCAGAGCGAACUGCAGAAGUGGGCGCCUGUCUAAAGAACCUUUCUGCGCCUUCGACUUCAAGGCUUCGUUUCGAUAACCGGUCAGCCGGUCGCGCAAGGACACUCAGACACAACAGACUGAGAACGUCUUUCGCGAAAGCAGACGGCGACGAUGCCAGGCAACAUCAUCAACCUGACACCGGCAGAAAUAGCCAAAUGGCCGCCACCAAACUACGACAAUCCCGACCGAAGAAGAUGGAUGCCAGCGUAUGCAGGAGCUCUGUACGGCGCUGCCACGAUCAUGGCCGCGCUUCGAAUAUGGUUGCGGUUCCGGAAACAGGCUGGUGGACUCGGAGUUGACGAUGUAGGUUGCUUUCAUCAUCGACAUCAUGUAAGCUGACAUUCAGAAGGCUUUCUUGAUUUGUAGCUGGCUAUGUGUAACCUGGUUCACAGUGCUUGGCCUUAUGAACGCCGAAGUGUACAUGGCGGACCGACACGUUUGGGACAUUCCUCUGCAUUACUUCACUCCAAUGGCGCGGACUACUUGGAUCGCGGAGCUGGCCUUUUUGCUCACAGGUUGCUUUAUCAAAGUGUCGGUAUUGCUAUUCUACCGCAGACUGGUGGAGAAGACAUGCUCACUUUGGGUAAGCAGUCCAAGCAGCAUUAAAGCUCGUACUGGCUAACGAUGCUGCAGUGGGUUCGGUGUGUGCUUGCAGCGAUUGGCUUCACAGUCGCCUAUACAUUGGCCUUUGUGCUAGCAUUGAUCUUCAAGUGGGUACAGCCACAGUCCAUGCAACCGAGAUACACUUGCUUACGUCUAUGUACGUUAGUUGCACGCCUACCGAAGCCUAUUGGAUGUCAUUCGAUAUCGACUAUACGAAAGAGUAUACUUGCGUUGAUACGACAGUCAUCAGCCUACUGGCCGGCAUCGUGGCUGUUAUCAGCGACCUGAUCGCUGUGGCGCUACCCUGCAUCAUGAUGCGCAACCUGAAGAUACCGCGCGCUCAAAAAUUCGCCCUCAAUGGAAUAUUCUCACUGGGACUGCUGGUCGUAGCUGCAAGUGGCGUGGUAUGUAUAGCGCAGCCGCGGAAAUCGUACACUCUCGACUGACUUGAUCGCAGCGGACCUACCAUCUAUGGGGUAUAUUAGACUAUACCAUUGCACAACUGAGCGAAUUGAAUUGACGUCGAGACAGAAUGCGGACGUACCGCCGACUUCAGCUCCGAGAUCUUCAACGUUACCGUCUGGUCACUGCUGGAACUUAACCUAGGACUCAUGUGCGCAUCUGCACCAGCCCUCCGAGUUGUGUUUCGCGAAUACAUCAGCGAGCCGCUAUCCAAGCUCAAACGCUCCAUUCUCCCUAAUCGCAACGGCGGAGACUCAGACGUUGAGCAGGUCAUCAUUCACAGGAUCGACUCUCCCACAGAAGCUCUACGGCGCGACUUUCCUGGCAAACUUACACCAACGUGCUCCUUCUCCAGCGGCGGGGUGACCGCCGUCAAUACCAACAUCAGCGAAUUUCAGGAAGAGACGGUUACACCGCAUAAGGCUUGGGAUGAGAGGCAAGAUUCAGUCCAAGCGAAUUCACCUCACGUCAAGACACCUGCCGACUACGAGCACUACAACUUGCAAAACAUGGAGAAGUACCGCCAGUCCGCUCAGCGACACGCGUCCCGAGGCCUAAGCAUAGGUGAGGAACACGAGAUGAGUGAUAUGACUGGUCGUAGCUGGCUAUAA